CUGCCCGAAUUAUAUGUGAAUUUAUUCCGUAUUUUUGUGUCAAGAGGAAUUUGUCACAUUUUAAUAAAUAAAGGCAAGUAAUUUAUCAAGCUUAAGAAUUGGAGUACGAAAAAAGCGUGAGUCGACAUUCCUAGAAAAAAGGUAAUUCAGGUAAAAAAAUGGAGUGGUUAUUUGGAAAGCGGGUCACACCGGAGGAAAUGCUUAGGAAAAACCAGAGAGCAUUAAACAAAGCAAUGCGAGACUUGGAUAGAGAAAAAAUGCGGAUGGAGCAACAGGAAAAGAAAAUUAUUGCUGACAUCAAGAAACUCGCAAAAGAUGGUCAAAUGGACGCAGUGAAAAUAAUGGCAAAGGAUCUUGUGAGGACGAGACGUUACGUGAAGAAAUUUAUGCUCAUGAAAGCAAAUAUUCAAGCAGUAUCUCUCAAGAUUCAGACACUUCGAUCUCAGAAUACGAUGGCUCAAGCCAUGAAGGGAGUCACAAAAGCUAUGCAGAGCAUGAAUAGGCAACUUAAUCUUCCGCAAAUUCAGAAGAUAUUACAGGAAUUUGAAAAACAGUCGGAAAUAAUGGAUAUGAAGGAAGAAAUUAUGAACGAUGCGAUAGACGAUGCAAUGGAGAAUGAAGACGACGAAGAAGAGAGCGACGCUGUCGUCUCGCAAGUUCUAGACGAACUAGGUCUUCAAUUGACGGAUCAACUGUCAGGAUUACCACAAGCCUCCGGAUUGUUAAGCGUCGCAGGUUCAAAACAACCUGUUGCCCAACCAGCAGGUACAGACGAUGGCGGCAAUCUUGCCGAUGCUGAUGCCGAUUUACAGGCACGACUUGAGAAUCUACGUCGAGAAUAAAAUCUGUAAGAUAAUCUUGCACUCAAGAAUUUUGUAUAAAUAGUGUAUAAAAAGAUUCAUCUACAAUUCUAUACUUGUGAUAUAACAGUACUUUAAGCUCUAUUAAGUUUGGAGAGUAGCAAGUGCAUAAAUCUGUUCUAUGGAAAUCACUCACAUGAAUUAGAAUUCACAUGUCUGGUGGUUUGCGAUGUACAGUAUUUAUUUUCUACUUGUAGACUCUGCUUUCCUCUAAGUCUAUAAGAUCGUAAUCUUAAUUAUAUUUUACGCUUAGCUUUCUGACAGUUAAAAAUAUUAUAUAAACUGGACCUUAACAUUUCUAAGUGAUUUUACGAUUUUGUAUGAUAGUUAUUUACACUUUGCAAAGAUUGAUUCACAUAAUGCGUCAGUGUAGCUCGUUGACCAUUUUAAAUGGGGAAUAAUAUAGUGCUUUUGCCAGAAAAAAAA